AUGCCUCAACAAUCCCACACAAUUUCGGUCGGCACGACUCUUCUGUUUACCAUUUUCCUCUUCGUUGCCUUCUUCCCCGGUCUAUUCCACUCCAUCUGGACCAUCCCUGCGAGCAUUCUUCCAUUUGCAAGAGCUCCCUCCGAACCUGUCGCACCCACAACCAUGACCUGGUUUCAGAAGCAGUUCAGCCUCCAGGCGAAGUCGCGCGGAUCCUAUUUGGUGACGGACCAAGUUCUGCAGGCCUUGCCUGAGAUCAGGAGUUACAAAGUUGGACUGUUGAAUCUUUUCAUUCAGCACACGAGCGCCGCCUUGAGUUUAAAUGAGAAUUUCGAUGAGGAUGUUAGGGCAGACAUGAGCGACUCGCUGGACCGCAUCGUCCCAGAGGCAGGCCCCAGAGGCGAGGCACUGUAUCGUCACGACGCCGAGGGUCCUGACGAUAUGCCGGCCCAUGUCAAAUCUGCUCUGAUCGGGGCCAGUGUAACAAUUCCCAUCAAGGAUGGAAGAUUGACAACUGGAACAUGGCAAGGUAUAUACUAUUUGGAGUUCCGGGCAGACAGGCAGAACCGUCGUAUCGUAGCCACUAUUCAAGGAGAAAAGGCGUAG